CUCUCUCUCUCUCAUUUCUGUUUCAAGCUUUUCUGAUUUCUUCUUCUCUCGAGAAAAUUCCGGUUAUUUUCUCGGGAAAACUAAUCUCCUAACGGCUUUUCAUCUCCGGCGUCAAUUUUCCGUUUCCGUUUUCUCUUUUUCUCUCUCUUUAUAAACACAGACCUCCUCUGAUUCCUGUUAGAUUCUCUGAAUCGGAACAAACACGCCUUCAUCGGAUUUUGAUUCCAAAGUACAUGGUGACAUGCAUAUUCUAGAGUUUGCUGUGGAUUCGCCUUUGUUCACUGAAAUUUCGAGGUCAAGAUAUUCUACAAAUCUUGCUCUGCCGCUGGAUUAAGAUGUCAGGUCUAGAAGGGUGGGGAACUCAAGAUGAAUUUAGAGACAGAAGAGCAGAUUUUGAGAAUUCUGAAGAAGAGAGAAGGCGUUCAAGAAUUUGCAACCUCAGGAAGAAGGCGAUAAAUGCUUCUAGUAAGUUCACCCAUUCUCUUAAGAAAAGAGGAAAAAGAAAAAUCGACUACAGGGUUCCCUCGGUUUCUAUAGAAGAUGUAAGGGAUGCAGCAGAGGAGAUUGCUGUCCAAGAAUUGCGUCAAAGGCUCCUUGACAACGACUUAUUGCCUGCUAGGCAUGAUGACUAUCAUACUUUGUUGAGAUUUUUGAAAGCUAGAGACCUUAAUAUUGACAAAACAAUUCAAUUGUGGGAAGAAAUGCUUAAAUGGAGAAAAGAAUUCGGAACAGAUACCAUAUUGGAGGAUUUUGAAUUUGGAGAGCUCGAUGAAGUAGUGCAGUAUUACCCUCAAGGGUACCAUGGUGUUGAUAAAGAAGGCAGGCCUAUUUACAUAGAGAGACUGGGUAAAGCUCAUCCAAGUAGGAUUAUGCAAAUCACCACCAUAGACCGAUACAUAAAGUACCAUGUGCAAGAAUUUGAGAGGGCUCUACAAGAAAAAUUCCCUGCUUGUUCAAUUGCUGCAAAGAGACAGAUAUGUUCUACAACAACUAUACUUGAUGUGCAAGGCUUGGGCAUGAAAAAUUUCACGCGCACUGCUGCAAAUCUCCUGGCUUCCAUGACAAAGAUAGACACCAAUUACUACCCUGAGACAUUACAUCGGAUGUACAUUGUCAAUGCUGGUCCUGGCUUUAAAAAGAUGCUUUGGCCUGCUGCACAGAAAUUUCUUGAUGUAAAGACCAUCGCAAAAAUACAGGUGCUGGAACCUAAAUCCUUAUACAAAUUACUGGAAGUGAUUGAUUCAAGUCAGUUGCCAGACUUUCUGGGUGGAUCAUGUACAUGUGCUGCCGAAGGAGGCUGUCUCAGGUCUAGUAAAGGUCCAUGGAACGAUAUUGAGAUAAUGAAGCUUCUGCAUAAUGCUGAAGCAAUAUUUGUGAGGGAAAUAACCAGAGUGUCUAAUGAUCAGCAGAUAUUUGACUCGUAUGUUCAGAUACGGCCGCUCAAGGGUAGAGCAAGUGAUACAUCAAUGGUCGAAUCAGGGUCAGAUAUUGAUGAUCCUUGUUCAUCAUUAGGACGAAGGAGUUCUGCACGUCCUGCUUUGGCUGCAGUUGAUGAAGAAGCAUCAGACCAAAGUGCUUACUACCCCUGUGAUGAUCAUUUUCCUCUGGUUGAAAAAUCUGUCACAACUGAUCUGGGACAUGAUCAGAAUCAGUCAGUUGAUUGUUGUAUGAACAAUAGUUCUUGUGAGGCAACAUUAAAUUCAGAAGGGAGUUCAGUCGGCCAUCAUCUUGACUCUGUUAAGGAUAAAAUCGAGAAGAGAAAUUUCUCUCAUGUGGCGAGAUUGAUGAUAUCUUUCUUGGUCAGACUAAUACCAUUUUCUCAUAUUCUAAGAUUGGAAUUUUGGAGACGGCAGAAUAACAAUGUUUACCCAUCCAAUUUGGUGGAAAGCAUCACGGAUACCAAUUCAUCAGCACCUGAAGCUGUGGAAGAAGACCGUGUCCUUCCAUGUUUACAGCGUCUUCAACAAUUAGAAAAAGUAUACGAGGAACUUAGCAACAAGCCUGCUACCAUUCCUUUAGAAAAGGAUCGAAUGCUUAUGCAAUCUUUGGACAGGAUUAAGUCUGUUGAAUAUGAUCUUGAGCAAACAAAAAGAGUGCUGCACUCUGCAGUGGUAAAGCAAGUUGAGAUUGCUAAUUUGCUGGAGAAUCUAGAUGAGUCCAGAUUUCAUCGAAAGAGACUGUUCUGUUGAAUAGGUAAUCAUAGUGGAUCAAAGUAAAAGGAGUAUGAUGCACCCACAGCAAUAUACAGACUGGGAAGAGGCACUUAAAAUUUCGAAUACAGUUUCUCUUCCCCUACCCGCUUUUAAUUUUCUUUUUAAUUUUUAUUUUCUUAAAAUGGGCUGUAACCUUUUGCUGCUUUUGGAACAGAACAGUGCAGAGAUGAAAAGAAAAAAAAAAGAAUGAAUGAAAUUUUGUACAAUGCGGCAU